AUGACAGCAUAUCAAAAUGACACGAGCUCCACUGACUUCCUCCUGAACUGCUUUGUCAGGUCCCCUCAUGGGCGACUCUGGAUGUCCCUGCCUCUCAGCCUCCUCCUCCUCCUGGCCAUGGGGGCCAACAUCACCCUCCUGAUCACUAUCCGCAUGGAGGCAGCCCUGCAUCAGCCCUUGUACUACCUGCUCUGCUUCCUUUCCCUGCUGGAUAUUGUGCUCUGCCUCACUGUCAUCCCCAAGGUCCUGACCAUCUUCUGGUUUGACAGCAAAUCCAUCAGCUUCUCUGCUUGCUUCAUUCAGAUGUUCAUUAUGAACAGCUUUCUAGCCAUGGAGUCCUGCACCUUCAUGGUCAUGGCCUAUGAUCGCUAUGUGGCCAUCUGUCACCCUCUGAGGUAUCCUUCCAUCAUCAAUGACCAAUUUGUGAUCUGGGCUGCCAUCUUUAUUUUGGCCAGGAAUAUCCUUUUUCCUAUGCCCAUUCCCAUUCUUUCAGCACGACUCCAUUACUGCAGGAAAAAUGUCAUUGAGAACUGCAUCUGUGCCAAUAUGUCUGUCUCCAAGCUCUCUUGUGAUGACGUCACUCUCAAUCGCCUUUAUCAGUUUGCUGGAGGCUGGACUUUGCUGGGCUCUGACCUCAUCCUCAUCUUCCUCUCUUACACCUUCAUACUGAGAGCUGUACUGAGACUCAAGGCAGAGGGUGCUGUGGCCAAAGCCCUAAGUACCUGUGGCUCCCAUUUCAUCCUUAUUCUCUUCUUUAGCACCAUCCUUCUGGUCUUUGUCCUCACGCAUGUGACUAAGAAGAAAGUCUCUCCUGAUGUGCCAGUCUUGCUUAAUGUCCUCCACCAUGUCAUCCCUGCAGCCCUCAACCCCAUUGUUUAUGGGGUGAGAACCCAGGAGAUUAAACAAGGAAUCCAGAGGUUGCUGAAGAAAGGAUGGGCCUAA